AUUUAUAUUACAUUUAGAGGGAGAGAAAGAAUGUGUUCGGAGUUAGAAUAUAAAAUAUAUAAAUAUUUCAACAACAAACAACAACAACUACUACUGCUACUCAGAUUUCGAUUUAGAUUUUCUCGAGAAAAUUCAAAACAUUUUCCUGGAAAACAAACAAUACAAUACAGAACAGGACGAUAAUAAAAUGAUGAGAAACGUUAAUGGAGGAGCAGAUUCGAGACCUUCAAACAACGCUCUUGAUACUAUCAACGCAGCUGCUUCCGUCAUCGCUUCUGCAGAGAAUCGUGUUCCUCAAGCUACAAUUCAGAAGAGAAGAUGGGGAAGUUGCUGGAGUGUAUACUGGUGUUUUGGAUAUCACAGACACAGAAAGAGAAUUGGGCAUGCUGUUCUUGUUCCUGAAAAUUCUGCUCCAGGAAAUGAUUCUUCUGCAGCUGAAAAUCCAACAACCCAAGCACCUACCAUCACUCUUCCCUUUGUUGCACCUCCCUCAUCUCCUGCGUCUUUCCUUCAGUCAGAACCUCCAUCUGCUUCACAAUCACCAGCUGGUAUACUGUCACUCACCUCUGUAUCUGCCAGUAUGUACUCUCCAAGUGGGCCUGCCUCCAUUUUUGCUAUUGGCCCUUAUGCCCAUGAAACCCAGUUAGUCUCACCACCAGCAUUCUCAACUUUCACCACUGAACCAUCAACUGCUCCUUUUACUCCUCCUCCCGAGUCUGUACAGUUGACUACACCAUCCUCGCCAGAGGUGCCUUUUGCUCAGCUACUUGAACCCAGCAAUAGGAAUGGUGAGGCUGGUCUUCGAUUCCCAUUUUCAAACUAUGAAUUUCAGUCUUACCAGUUUUAUCCUGGAAGCCCAGUUGGCCAGCUGAUUUCACCUAGCUCAGGAAUCUCUGGAUCAGGCACAUCGUCUCCAUUCCCAGAUGGUGAGUUUGCUGCUGCUGGUCCUCGCUUUCUUGAGUUCCAAAUGGCUGUCCCUCCAAAGCUCUUGAACCUUGAUAAGCUCUCCGUCCAUGAGUGCGGUUCACGUCAGGGUUCAGGAACUUUGACUCCAGAUGCUGUAAGGGCCACAUCAUGCAGCUUUCCUCUAGAUCGUCAGUGCUCUGAUAUAGCGUCAAACAGGCAUUCUGACAAUGAAAAUAAGGAUGAUCAAGUUGCUGACCUUAGAGUCUCUUUUGAUCUAUCUGCUGAAGAUGCAUUGAGAUAUGCGGAACCAAAGCCAGCAUCCCCUGUUAAAAUCAUGCCAGAAUCUAUGAAAAAUGAAAUAGCAGCUGAAAAGGUUCAAAAGUCUAGUGAGAUACGACAUAAUUUUGAGUGUCGCGUUGGUGAAACAUCUAAUGGCAUACUGGAGCAAGCUUCAACAGGUGGGGAGAAGACACCACGACAUCAAAAGCAUCGGACCUUAACACUUGGCACGUUUAAAGAAUUCAACUUUGACAAUGCUGAUGGAGUUCCUAAGCCUAGUGCAGGUCCUGACUGGUGGGACAAUGGAAGUGAUGUCGGGAAGGAGGAUUUCACUGCCAAGAAUUGGUCUUUCUUCCCUGUGAUGCAGCCAAGUAUAGGUUAGCUAGUAUAGAAAUGCAUCUCCUGGUCCCUUCGAACAGGAUCUCCAUCAACAGCACAGAAGCACCGCACUUCUUAAAGCCAAAGUUUUAGGGUGUUGUGCGAGGAUCCAGACUGACCUUGAAUGAAGGCUGUUUUUAAGUCCUUCCUGACCUUAAAAACAGGGAUAGUAGCGAUGUUGCAUUUCUUUUCUUUGGCUUAGCUAGCACUUCUUGUAUUAUAUAUCUACUUAGGCAGAAAGAUAAACUAACAAUAUUUGUUAGAUAUUUCUUUGUUGUCGUCUUUUUCAUAUGUAGUAUAAAUGACGAAUAGAAACCUACCACACUAAUACUUUCAAUUAAGAUGGAGAUUGAUUCUAUGACGUGCUAAUGAAGAUGCAAAUUCUGCCAAA